AUGGUUUUUGGAUCACGUGUCGCUGUAAUUGGAGCUGGUUCAGUUGGAGCUACAAUAUCUUAUGCUUUGCUUAUUCAAAAGAUUUCAUCCGAAAUAAUUUUAGUAGAUAUCGUUGAAGAGGUUGUACAAGGUCAAGUCCUUGAUCUAUCAGAUGCAAAUUUUAUUUCUUCCACCCAAAUUCGUGGUGGAACUUUCCAAGAGGCUGGUCAAUGCGACAUAAUCAUUAUUACUGCAGGCGCAAAACAAAAACCUACUGAAACCAGAGUUGAGCUAAUAGAAAGGAAUUAUAAAAUCUUGGAUAGUGUUAUUAAAUCGAUGCAACCUAUUAAAUCCAGUGCUAUUUUAUUAUUGGUUGCUAAUCCAGUUGAUAUAUUGACAUAUAUUGCUCAAAAACUUUCCGGAUUGCCAAAAAAUCAAGUAAUUGGAUCUGGUACAUUUUUGGAUUCAGCAAGAUUAAGGCUUAAAAUAGCAUCAUCAAUAGGAGUCGCAGAAAAUGCGGUUCAUGCUUAUGUAUUAGGUGAACACGGCGAUUCACAAAUUAUUGCAUGGUCUUCGGCUCACAUUGGUGGGAAACCAUUAUUAGAUUUCCCGGAGUUGAAAAAUAUAGAUAAAGAUAAAUUUGCAAAAGAAAUAUCUGGGAAAGCAUAUGAAAUCAUAAAAUUAAAAGGUGCUACAUAUUUUGGUAUCGCGGGAUGUGUUUCGUCAUUGGUUCAAUGUAUUGUAUUAAAUCAAAAACAUGUUAGACCUUUAAGUACGUUUAUUGAAGAAUAUGGAUGUGUAUUAAGUAUGCCCGUUGUAUUGGGAAGUAAUGGAAUUGAAAGAAUGAUUGAAAUACAUCUUGAUUCUGAUGAAAGAGCUAAAUUAAAACAAUCUGCUGUUGCUUUGAAACAAAUUUGUGAUAAAUACGUUAAGUAA